CUGGGCUACUUAAGGCAGAGGACUAGAAGGGAAGGUAGGUGAUACAAGGCAAGGGCUUGGAGUAGAGGUGAGGAGCGGCGCCCUCUGGUGGCCAGACGAGGUAAAGCAGGGAGCAUCUUUCUGACAGUGGAACAUCCUCCAGCCAGCGGACCCGAAGGAAGCCAUGGCCAGGGGUGUUCAGUCCUCCAAGAUCCUCCAGAUCGCCAGCCUGGCUUACCUGAUCCUCUUCAGCACCACCACCAGCAUCCCCUCACCCUCUCUUGGCGACAAGAGGAAUGGACCCAUCCGUCUCAGGGAAAACCUCUGGGCAACAGGGCACUUUAUGGGGAAGAAGAGCACCCUGGGCUCUUCUCAUUUGCUGCCUUCAUCGCCGGAGAGUGCAGAGUCCGAUAAUAUCCCUGAGGCCUUGAACCCAGUGGUCACAGCAGUCUUGGAAGAUAUGAAGGAACUAAUGACGAGAGAACUUCUUAAAAUUCUCCUGCAGUGGAGACUGCUAGAAGGGAACCAAGGGAAAAGUGAACCCAAGGAUCAGGAAAUGCCUUCGUUAAGGAAGUUGCUGGCAAAAUACAUUUAAAGAGAAUGAACUGAAAAUGACAUCAUACACUGUUGGAAAUAGGGGAGAGGAGCUUUUGAAGGCCCUUCCCAUUGAAAAGAUGACAAAUGCAAGAACUGUGCUGUCAAAUAUCAAAUUGGUAACGGUAAUCCUAAGAUUGAUCACUUCUCCAAAGGACCAAGUACUGACUGUACAGAAAACUCU